AUGCCGUGCCAGCACCAUGAAUACCAGGAAGCCUGCAGAUCAUCGGCCGCUGAAGAUAAAUGGGCUGAGCUGUUGACAUUGAUGGAGGAGGACGAGCUCGAAGAGACCAGCAGACAAAAAAAAGCUGGGACCACAGUGCGGUGGUCCUGUCUCCAUGCCCUGGUCAUGAGCAUUGCUUUGCUCGGUCUCGGCAUCCUGAUGGGCAUCCUGAUGGGCAACAUGAGAAGCUCUGGCCGUGACAGAGCCGAAGCAAGACUAGCGCUGUGGCCAGAGCCAUUGUGGUCCAACCCUUGUGCUGGAAGCAUCCAGGUGAGUGGCCUGGGUACCGUUCCGUUGAUCAACGCGAAAUACAACCUUCCAAGUGACCCGGCAGGCAACGUUUGGAUGGAGGACGGGGCAGUGGUCAUCGCUGACAAGGGUCGAACUUACUGGGGCACUUCCUGCAAUGCCUCAGGCCACGAUGAAAACUUCGAUCCAUCCGGUUACAUCGAACUGCAUCUCUUGGGGAAGAGGCUCGAGUAUACCACUCACAUCGAUGGCGCCGGAUGUGGCUGUAAUGCGGCUCUCUAUUUGGUCUCCAUGUCUACAAGUCCUUGGCAGUCCGCUUGUGAGGACUACUACUGUGAUGCAAUGAGCAUAUGUGGAUUGCAGUGUCAUGAGAUCGACUUGCAAGAAGCGAACAUGCGUGCAUUCCAUUCCACCUUCCACGACCUCGAGUCGGAAUCGGACCGCGCGGGGGUUGGGAUUGGGGCUUCCAGGAUAGUUUUAUCAAGAAGGAUAGAGCAUAGUUGGCAAUGUGCUGAAGGAGCAAUGCAUUGGUACUUGUAG